ACUUCCUUGUUUUCUCCGAAAGCAUCCGGAUGAUUCCGGGGGUUGACGUACGUGCAUGCAGAACUGAGAUGGUGAGAGCGAGAGAGAAAUGGAAAGCAAAAAAGAAAAGUUAUUUGCAGGAGAGGAAGGCUUUUCUUCAGUGAAAGAUGAACACAGAUUGAACAUAACACUGGCUACAAAUGCUGAGGGUUGGAACACAACAGUGAAUGGCCAACUAGUUAUUGAACUUGCCAAGGAUCCAAGAGUGAAGGUCAGUGGACUGGUGCCAAACAGCUCUCAAGAGCAGAAAGAACAAGCCAAACAGUUAAAUAUUAAGCUUGUUGAUGCUAAAAAGCGAAUUGGUUUUUCGCCAGAGGAGCGGUUGUCUUUUCCACCUGACAGUCUUGAUAUUGAUAUUUUGAUUAUCCACUCUUAUGGACGUGACCUCGGUAAGCAGGCACAGGUUGUUAAGGAGUCCAAGAAGUGCAAGUGGCUUCAUGUUCUACACACAGUCAGUGAAGAACUGGAGAAGUACAUGGACAAAGAAAGAGCUGGCCCAUCAUCAAGUGUAACAGACUCUGAACAUCAGCUGCAACUAGAAUUAUGUAAAGAAGCGGACAUUCUGAUUGCAGUUGGUCCUAAAGUAGCUGAUGCUUUCAAAUGGGCACUGUGCCAUUGUGGAAAGCAUAUGGAUAUCAUUACUUUAACCCCUAGUGUUAUCCAGGAAUUAAUUGAUGUUCGCCCACAUCAUGAAUCUGGAGAAGUAUUCCGCAUAUUGAUCAGUGGGACAUAUCCAGCCAAGUAUUUCAAAGUGAAAGGAUGUGACAUUGCUGCUAAAGCAGUCUCAUUGUUGCAAGACACUUCAUACUCGCUCAUGUUUAUCGUCACACCCAGGGAUGAUGCACAAGACCUCCAAAACCGUCUCGUCAAGGAAGGUAUCAAGUUAAACCAGUUCACUGUCCGACGUUUCCACAGUAGCACGGAAAACUGGAGAAAGCUACUGUGCGAAGUGAACCUUGUCAUCAUGCCCUCAAGAACUGAGGGCUUUGGAACAAGUAGUCUCCGUGCUAUUUCAGCUGACCUGCCUGUUCUUGUCAGUGGGAAUUCUGGGCUUGGCAUGACACUGAAGAAGUUGCCCGCUGGAAAAAACCAUGUUGUGGAGUCAGAUGAUCCCCAGGAGUGGGCUGACAGGAUAGCACAGGUUAGAGCAAUGGAUGCCAGGAAUCAGUCUGCAGAGGCAAAGCAGCUACGCUCAGAAUACAUGGAGCGAUUCAGCUGGAAGGACCAAUGUAGCAAUCUUGUGGACAAAAUGAUGAUGAUGUUCCCAAACAAACAAGAGGGCAUUAAGAAAUGCGUUGAGCACACUGAGGAAAGUGAACAAGGGAAGAACCUAGAGCCAAAAAUCACAAGCUUUGAAACUGAGAGAGUGGUAUAUGAGGAAAAUUUCAACUUCAUCACACGAGGGACGAAAAAGUUAGGCCUUGCAGAUAUGAAUCUCAGCAAAGCAGGAAAGAGUGAAUUUGACCAGGUGGACAGUCCAAGAGUCCCACUAGCUUAUGUUGCAGAUAAGAGGUCAAGUGCAGAUCAGCUAAAAAGCAAUCGGCUCUCAACCAAAGUCAUAGACAUUCCUUAUGCUAUUCUAGGUAAGGUUUGCUUAAAACUAAAUGCAAAAGAUUCUAUGUUUUAUAAAGAUUAUCGUUUGCUUGGAGAAAUGAUGGGAUAUAGUAAAGAUGUGACACGAGAUUUGGAACGCAAAGAUAAUCCUACUGAUGCACUGCUUCAACUGUGGUCCAUAAAGCCUGAGGCAACUGUGCAAAAUCUCAUUGCAUUAUUGAGAGACAGUGAUCUUGAGCGAGUGGAUGUUGCAACAAUUCUGGAGGACUGGGUAGAAAGGAAGGGUUCAAAAUGAGCAAACAAAAACACUAGUAUUCAAGGAAUACACCCUACAACCAGCUUCUCUUCACUAAAUGCAAGUUGUUAAUGUUUGUUAACUUCCUAUGCCUGAAAAAGGCCCUGUUCAAUCCUUGUGGCCCAUCUGGCCAAUGCUUAUUUUUGGUUUCGUAGCACAAAACAACAGGAACAUUUCUAUCUCCAGGUAUUCCGGUUUCCCCCUCUCCUCAAAAACCAACAUUUCUAAAUUCCAAUUCGAUCUGGAUUAUUGUCGGGCACUAUAUCAUGAGCCUCUGGCUCGGGUGAUUGCGCAAGCACUCCCUGUGUUUGACAUUAAAUUUGUAUUUACAUUUUGCAUUUAUUUACCUGCGAACCUCCAAGAGUGACAAAUCUGGCUUCAUGUGCGGCCAUUUUUUGCUUGUCUAAUGCAAGAACGCACAAUGACAUGAAGGCAAGGCAGUGUUAAUCGUGGAUUUUUUAUAUUCAAACAAACUUUUAGAACAGUCAUAUAAUUUUCUCCUGUCUAUAUUUUUUGUGGAAAAGCGGAAGACUCCCAGCCAAACCAGGAGACCAAAACCAAUCAGGCUGAAGAGGCUACAAUAUGGCCAUCAGCUUUCUCGUUUUUCCAAAGUUUUCGAGGAACAUUUAGAAACAAAUAAAUAUAAAUUAAAUUCCUAAGAAGACUAAAAGGAAGACAUUAAAAGUGUGUAGACAUUAAAUAUUAAUCUCAAAAUUGUUGAAAAACUGAUGCGAGCAUAUGCAAUUGUAAAUUUCAAGCGACCACUCAGUCCAUCCAAUCUUUCUUAAGCUAGAAGUUUAAAUACUAGAGGUCAUACCGUGUAGAGACAUUGGAAAUUUCAGUUAGAAUUCUACUAAAACAAUUACAUUAUGAGCUUGAGAUUUCUAUGAGGAAUAAAGUUUAGUUCUGGCCUCAUCAACUAUCACCUCAUAGAAAUCAUGAGCUAUAACUAUUAUUAAUUAUAAGUCAUAAGAAAAUUGCUGUAACAGCUAUGACUAUAAAAUAAUGUAAAAUUAUUGAAUAAUUAUUGAAUCAAGUGGAAAUGCAUGGCAGAAAAAAAAAAAAUAAAAAGGUAGUAGGUGUAUAAAAUAAUUAGACUUAUCACAAGUCGACCUCAUUAGUUUCUGGGUAGAAUAGCCACGGAGCGGAGCGACACAAAGCGCGCGAACUUGACAUGAUUACCCUUAGAAAUCAUGCACCGCGGUCAUAUAUGACAUAACUA